AUGUCUGGACAGCAACCCCAUUAUCCUCCUCCCCCCGGCGCGCAAGGCCCAGGUUCGGGUCAACAGUAUCCUCCCCCACCAUCCCAGAACACACCAUCUCCGACACUUCGAUAUUCCGGCCAGGCCCAAUACCCACCCCCGCCCUCGGCUCCUCUGGCCCAAGCUCAGCCUUCGCCUCAGCAGCAAUCCUCACAACCCGGUAUGGCUUACCGUCCGUCCUCGACAUCACCUUUUGCGUCGCCCCAAAGCGAAGCCCCUCCUCCAUUCCCCAAUUUGGACGCAGAUUAUCUCCCUGAAAAGAAACAGCAGGAGAUCCAACAGCCACUGCAGCAGCAGCAGCCGCCGCCGCAGCAACAGAUGGUUGCAAGUCCUAUCAACCAAACUGCUGGAGCUCCACCUGCGGGACAGUUCGUGGGCGCAGCAGCCGCACACGAUGAUGUUGGAGUAUUCAACGGAGGAAGCUACCGAAUCAGCCACCGUGAUUCGAACACCAUUCUUACUAUUCAGUUGGCAAUGGGUUGCCCACUUGAGGGCAAGCCGGGUGCUAUGAUUGCCAUGUCACCGACCGUCACACUCAAGGGUGCUGUGAAAUUCAGUGUAAAGAAGAUGAUUGCUGGUGGUGAACUUGGAACCUCGACCUUUAUCGGCCCCGGUGAAGUCCUAUUGGCACCUUGGAUGCUUGGCGAUAUCACGAGUAUUCGCCUGAACGGAAGCGAGCAUUGGUCCGUAGGGCAUGACGCUUAUUUGGCUUCGACCCAAGGUGUCAUCAAGGACUAUAAGCGCCAGGGUCUCGGAAAGGCCAUGUUCAGCGGCGAGGGGCUUUGGGUGUACAAGAUCAGCGGAAAGGGUCUCUUGUGGGUUACCAGUUUUGGCGCCAUCAUCCGCAAAGACCUUGUGGAAGGUGAGAAGUACAUUGUUGACAACGGUCACCUCAUUGCUUGGAACGUCAAGUAUGUAAUGGAGAGAAUUGCCUCUGGUGGCAUCAUCUCCGGUAUUGCCUCUGGCGAAGGUCUUGUCUGCAAGUUCACCGGCCCGGGCACUGUGUAUAUCCAGACAAGAAACGCGAAAGCAUUCGGAACCUACAUGUCUGGCCAGGCUUACCAAGGGUAG